CAAGUGCCCAUUAAAUACGGAAACAGCUUUUGCUGUUUCAAUUAAUUUUUGUAACAAUUUUUGUAAGAAAAUUUGUGCUUCAUAAACGUAAAAAAAAAACGCAUAUUAUCUUAGAAACUGGUUGUGACUGAUCAUUUUUUACUGAAAAUUUAAAAAUAAGUACUAAUUUGAUAAAAAUAAGAAAACCAAUAAACAAAAAUAAUAAACGAAACGAACAGAAAACAAAAAGAAAAAAAAGUUUUGGAAAAAAGCGCAUCACCAGUUACGCAAAUGAAUAAAAGUUCUCAAACAAAUUGCGUAAGUCAGAGUAGUAGUCGCCAAUUUUCAUAUAAUAUAAGACCACCGUUUCGAUCAAAUUCGAAACAAUGUCAUUACCCCGUGAAUGGACACAUCAGGCGGCUCGAGCAUAUGCAGCAAGCCCUUUAGUUGGUUCCGUUACCUCAGGGACAAGUAUCGCUGCAUCCCGGGGACAAGAUGCUAUUGAAAGUCAUGCACUUUCCAACAUGGUGGCAGAUCCAUUUACUGAAACGCAAUUGGAUUUAGCGGGAUCUUUAUUUUCAAUACAUUCAGCGCCAGUUAUUGAGCUUAAUUCAGAUACAGAUAGCUUAAAGCGGCCAUCUUCAUUAGUAAUCCAAGAAAUAAAUUCACUUAGCGUUGACAGAGGUCUAGAUAGUCAUACAAGUCCACCAGAAACUGUUGAAGACGAAGACAACGAUAAUCUACUUACAAUAUCCAGUUUAACAGCACGACCUUUAAUCGCUAAAUCCCAUGAAUUAAGAUCCUCAAAAUUAUCCAAAAAACAAAAGCACCAUAAACAGAAGAAAGUUAAAAAAGUUCUCACUUGUAUCGAUGAUGAAGGAAUAAUUAUACCCCCUGAUGGGGGAUAUGGCUGGGCUAUAGUAUUUGGUGCAUUUUUGGUACAAUUUUGGGUUGCUGGUUUAGUUAAAUCAUAUGGUGUAUUAUUUGUGGAAGUAAUGGAAACAUUUAGUGAUUCCAGUGCAUCUGUUGCAUCUUGGAUACCAGCAAUAUUAUCGUGUCUUUGUUUAGCUCUCGCACCUUUAACAAGUGCUCUGUGUCAAAAAUUUAGCUGCCGUUCUGUAGUAUUUACUGGAGGCAUAUUCUGUGCAUUAGGAUUAACACUUAGUUAUUUUGCAACAAGUUUAGUUCAUCUAUUUUUUACAUUUGGAGUUUUAACAGGAAUUGGUGGAGGUUUAUCAACGACACCUGGUAUCGUAAUGGUAUCACAAUACUUCGAUAAACAUCGUGCAUUAGCCAACGGUAUAUGUGUAUCGGGUACAGCCGCGGGCAGUUUUGUGUUCCCAUUAUUAAUCGAACAUCUAUGCGAAGCAUUCGGUUUUCAUGGGACAAUUUUGCUGUUAGGCGGAUGUAUGCUUCAUGUAUGCGUAAGCGCAACUUUAUACAAACCACUCAAAGCUCAAAAACGUGACUUAGCUGGUACGGAAAAUAUUCAAUAUAUCAACACACCAGCAACGGAAAUAACCCAACAAUCCCAGCAAUCCCAAGCCCCAAACACGUUACCAGCUUCAAUACCAGUAAACAAACAACUCGAACUAUUAUUUCAGCAAAACGAUACUGCUAAAAUAUCAGCAACUUUACAAUUUACGGAUAGUAAAACACGUAAUAACAUAUUAAACGAUUUAUUUAAUCAAAAAACGAUUAUUUUCGAUCCAGCAAAUCGAUUAUCGGAUAGUGAGGAAGAAAAGGAUCAAAUUGGGGAGACAAUACUAAUGCGACCAAGUUUGUCAUUCCGUAGUUCAAGUUUUUUACAUUCCGUAGAGGAUUUAAGUACCGAUUCAACGUGUGUGUAUAAAUCACGGCAACGGGAUUCAUUGUCGCGUAGUUUGUUAAUGGUGUCAACAACUGCGGCUGAUCGUACAAAUUUAUACGGACCCAAUAAAGUUGAAAUGCAACCGACAACCGAACAACAACAAUUUCAGAAAAAAACAAUUGUUCAAAAAAUAUCACAGUAUUUGGAUGUGUCGCUACUCAAAGAUUUCAAUUUUAUAAUGAUGUGCUUGAGUGUCACCUUAAUGUCAACCGGUAGUCCGUAUAUGUUGUACUAUUUACCGGCUUAUGUGCUCAGUGCUGGAUUCACUAAAACCGAGGCUGGCUAUUUGGUUGCAAUCAGUGCGGCCUUGGAUUUGUGUGGUCGUCUUGGAUUAGGAUGGUUGUCCGAUUUACAUUUGUUUGAUCGCAGAAAGGGAUAUAUUGGCAGUAUUGUUGGAGCGGGUGUAGCAGUGCUUGUGAUUCCAGUCGCAGGCUCGUUCUACGUGCUGGCAUGCUCCGUUGGAAUGUAUGGUUUAUGUUUAGGCUGUUGGUUUUUACUUGUUCCCGUAUUACUCGCUGAUCAGUAUGGUACAGAGAAGAUUAGUUCCUCAUAUGGACUUGUACGCAUGUUCCAAAGUGUUGGAGCUAUAUCAGUACCACCAUUAGCUGGGUACAUGCGUGAUGUAACAGGCGGUUAUGAAUAUUGUUUCUACUGUAUGGGAACAUGUAUGGUUCUAGGCGGUGUUCCACUGUUAUUAGUACCAGUAAAUUCAAUGGAUCCAAAGAAUCACAAGAAAAUGUUUAGUCGAAAGGCAAAAGAAUCUUCCACGGCAAAAUCUUAAGCAAAAUAUAUACU